CUUUUCUCCUCAAAGUUCAGUCCCUACAUUGCUUUCCUUACUUUCAGAACAAGCAAAAGGAAAAAAGUUGCCUAGAACAAACCAAAGAGCUAGGUAGAGAGACUUCUCCAACACACUUUCUCCACCAACGUACGUAUUGAUUCCAGAACACCCUUUGUUCACCAAAGCAUUGAUUGUUGCAGCUUUCAACAAAUGGUGAAGACAGAGCAGAAGAAUCAUCCAGAUCCAAUAUCAAAACCAUUGCCAUCAACAUCAACAUCAGCAUCAGCAUCAGCAAGCAAAAAGAAGAAAUUCAAGGGAGUGAGAAUGAGGAGUUGGGGUUCAUGGGUAUCUGAGAUUAGAGCACCAAAUCAAAAAACAAGAAUAUGGUUGGGCUCUUAUUCCACACCAGAAGCAGCAGCCAGAGCCUAUGAUGCUGCACUUCUAUGCCUUAAAGGCUCUUCAGCAAAUUUCAACUUCCCCAUCACAUCCUCUAAUCACAUUCCUGAUCAAGAUACCAUUAUGUCACCAAAGUCCAUCCAAAGAGUGGCUGCAGCUGCUGCCAAUAGUUUCAUGGAAGAUGCUCCCACCCCUCCAUCUCCUCCUCCUCCCUCAUCCUCAUCAUUAGUCUCAUCUCCAUCCAUGUCCUCAUCUCCGUCGGAUCAACUCGACGAUGAUCAUGUCUCACUGAUGUCAUCCUUUGAGGUCAAUGAGCCAAUGGCCACGAUGGAAUCCUGGUAUAACUUGGACGGCCUACAAUCACCAAAAUUCAUUGAUCAAAUGCUUAAUGGUGCCUUGUUUGAUCCACCACUAGUGUUUGAUGAUCUGUAUGAAGAAAGCGAUAUUCGUCUGUGGAGCUUCUGCUGAUGAUCAGGAGAAAAAUGGAAAAAAACAAAUCAAGCCAACCCAUAUUAUUCAUUCUUUUGUCCAUUCAUAUUCAUUGAUGAUCUUCGCUUACUGCCUGAAGAUAUUGCUGACAGUGACCAAAAUUCAUUUAUUAGUGUAUUUUGAAUUAGGAGAAGUAAAACUCAUGGGGAGUGAGACAUUUUUUGGACUCUCCCCUGUGGUUUUCUA